ACAAAGACUUGGUUCAAAUUUGCUCUUCUUCUUCUUCUUCUUCUUCUUCUUCAUCAUUAAUACUUCUCCUGAAGAAAACCAACCUUAAUUUUAAGCUAAGUGAUGGCUCAUUUAAACUACAUCAGACUUGGGCGGAGGUGGCGGCGAAUGAGAGGUUUCCGGCUAAACACUCACCGGUGCUCCGUUCACAGGCUACGAGUUCGUCUGAUGAGCAUCCUCCAUCUCUUGGCUGGUUGUUUGAAGCCACUGAAAAGAGGUUUUAGAAGCUGUAAUAACAGUAACAGUUCAUGUGAGAGAAGCAUGAGCAGACGUGGCCUUGUGUUUGAAGAUCAACAACAACAACAACGUUCAAGCUUUGCUGGUAACAAUUGUAAGCAAAGGCAUUGCAGCCGUUCAAACUCUUUCUAUGCAGAAGCCAUUGCUGAUUGUUUGGAGUUCAUAAAAAGAUCAUCUGUUUCUGUUGAUAAUAAUCCUUCUGCUGUUGUUGUUUCUUCUCAUGAUCAAUUCUAGUUUUUUAUUUUGUUUUCAUUUUA